AUGUCAUUGGAUGAAGUAGGUGUAUCUCAACAAGUAUUUCCAAAAAUGGCAGAGAGGAAAGGUUUUGUGUUGAGCAGAAAUCUUAACAUUUUACAGAGAGUUGAAAAUGGAGAUCUAAACUGGAUAUUACCAAAGAAAUUCAUUGCAUUUUGUGGCCCUCAUGCAAAGAGCAAAAUUGAGAAUGGAUAUCCACUCCAUUCUCCAGAGUCAUAUUUUCCAUAUUUCCAUAAACACAAUGUAACAACCAUUGUCAGACUCAACAAAAAGAUUUACGACGCCCACAGGUUUUCAGAAAAUGGGUUUGAUCACAAGGACCUUUUUUUUGUUGAUGGUAGCACUCCAAGUGAUGGGAUCAUGCGAGCUUUUUUAGAAAUUGCAGAAAAUGCAAAAGGUGCUUUGGCAGUUCAUUGUAAAGCUGGACUUGGUAGAACAGGAACUCUCAUUGGAUGUUAUAUUAUGAAACACUAUCGUUUUACUGCUGCAGAAGUCAUCGCGUGGAUAAGAAUAUGUCGACCAGGGUCCAUCAUUGGACACCAGCAGCAUUGGCUUGAAGAAAAGCAGGCCUACCUGUGGCUUCAGGGUGACAUCUAUCGAGCACAGAAGGCAAAUAAUAAUAACAACAACAACAGAAAAGAGGAUGACGAAAAAGAACUGACUGUAACAAAUAAUAAUAAUAUGGAGAAUGCUGUUGAUAGAAAAGCUGCAGAGGCCAAAAUCUCAAAAACUCCUGGAAAAUCUCCCAGUAAAAGCAACAUAAAUGUGGCUCGAAUAUUCAGUAAACUCGGAGAGAUUCAUCUAGAAGAAACCAAGGCUCCCAAAGCUCUCAAGUCCGAGAAAGCUGAAGAAACUUGCAGAAACAAAGGGUGUGGAAAACAUCAGGAAGAUGAUGGCAAUAAUAAUAACAAUAGUGAGGGCAUCACUCAAGGAGAUAAGCUGAACCUUAUCAAAGCUCAACGUCGUCAUCCUCGUUCUGUAACGACUGGAGCUGUCCACGUGGAAGAACUGAGAGCUCACAGACGCACAAACUCUCAGCCCUUCAAGCCCCUUCCGUCAGGAACAGCUCCUGCUCAGCCCAACUAUAUGUCACCAUUAAAGUCUUUACGGGUUGCUCCAGGUAUUCAUAGAAAUGGUAGCAGCCAUUCUAAAACAAGUAAUGAUGAUCCUAAAAGUACUACUGCUUCUCGUCGUCACCUUCGUCACAACUCUCCCAGUGUGUCACAUGGUAAAAAACGCUUGUGGCGUCACCUAGUGGUACCAAUUCAAAGGAUUGGGAAUCAGAACUGUUCUGUCAGUCAGCUUUAUCUCUCUUCAUCUGUGGACUGUAGCAGCUGCUUGACUUUUCCUAAGCAUAAUUCUUACCUUCGUCCUCUGUUACCCCAUUCUGUGACUAACCUUGAACCUGUAGCCUUAGAUGAGUCCAAACUUAUUGGUGUCAUGACUGGAAGACAACGCAUGCCUCGUUACCAUAGUGCUCCAAUGCUCAACAUGAAGAACACAUCAACAAGAACCUUGAAGACAGCUAUGCCAAGAUGACGAUUAGAGCAGCCCACGAGUCAGCAGCCGUCCCCUCAGUCAAGCCUCAGUACCUGUACAUCCUCCCGCUCAUGCCGUCGCCGCCCAUCCUCUUCCCGUCUCUUCCCUCAGUCAGAUAUCAGCACAUCUAGUUCUUUCAACUUAUGUCAACACCAACCCUCAAAAUCAGCUCCAUUGGGUGUAAGUACCGAUGAGUUGGGGAAUGUUUAUCUUAGCAGGAUGGUUAAACGCAGGCCCCAGUCGUUCCUUAAAUCAUCUAAACCUAGCAGUCCUGAGAUAGGAGGUAAAACUAAACAUUCCUGCUCUGGGAAGCCCAAAAAAAGAACUUUACAAUCGAAUGUAUCCCCUGCUAUCAAAGUAGCAAAACUUAAGGGUAGGAAAGGAUGUCAAGUUCAAAACAAACAUUGAAUUUGUGCCUUCAGUUCAAUGAGUAUGAGGGGGAAGGGAUUGCACAAUAAUUAAGAGUUACAGUUUUAAGAAAUUGUAUAGUCUAAUUCUUACAAUGUUUAUGUUAACCUUUUGUUUUAUUAGACUUUUUAUAGCCUUUUUAUGAUUUUAUGAGUAUAUAUAUAUAUAAUGUACACUAACUUUAAACAGACAUAUGUAGUGUCAGUGCUAAAAAAGACUCCCACACUUAACUUAAGCUUACACAAUUUAAUCUAUGUAACAGUAGAUAGUUUUCAUUUAUGUUAAUAUGUUUAUUCUGUAGUGCCAGGUACAGUUCUAAUAACUGAAUAAGCAAAAAUAGUGAAUCUCUGUCACCAGAAAUAUUAAUUAUUUGAAUCUAUAGAAAACUUGAAAUCUGAAAGAAACAUUUCUUUGUGUUCUCAUCAGCUGUUAAUGAAAUUCAAAUCAAUUAUUCUGGAAAGUUUUAACUGUGUAUUGUAUAUAGUUGUGUUUCGAUAAGAUUCUUGCCUAGUGUGUAAGUCGAGAAUUAUUGCAUACAAGAUUAUGUAAAGCUUACGUAAAGAAAGUGGUUAAAUUUAAUCACUAGCAACUUCAGAGUUUUGUGACCAAAAAAAAAAAAGUUAUUCGUCUUCACAGAAUAAAGCUAGAAUGUUGUUUUAUUCAUCAGAAUUUAAAAUAUUGGUAGUUUAUUGUUAUAAUGAUCUGUAUUAGCCUUGGUGAUUGCCUGCGAGAUAUUCACGUACGCUAUGUGUAUACCUUUUUGUUGUGUUAUAUUGUACAAGUUGUUACAUCAUAUUCUCUUACAAUUUUUAUGAUUCAAAAAGUUCUUAUAAUGUAAGACGAGAUAAAAUUUUAUUUCUACAUGUGUAGCUAAUGUCAAAAGUUUUUUGUUUUGGUUGCUUGAGCAAAUGCAUGCACUGAACUGGUUUGUUCCAUUCACUUCUGGUAAAGAUUUGGUCUUGAGAGUAUAAUUUCCUGCCAGUCAUUAAGUGGUGGAGUUUAGAAAGUUUUUCGGGUGGCCAUUUUAUUCUAAACCGCAUGAUCUAAAAUUUAAAAUAAUUCUCAUGUUGAAGUUAGCAGAGUACAUGAGAUUAAGUCAAAUGAUAAUACUCAAAAAAAAGGAAAUUAGUUAAAUACUAAAUAUUAAAAACUUGGUAAUACCAAAAACAUCUUUAAUAUGGACAUUUUGGAAUUUCAUAAAUUCCAUCAUCAGCUUUAGUAUCUCAAAAAAAAGUUAGUUCAUAAUAUUUGAUCUACAAAAAAAUAACAUUAGCACCAAGCAAGUUUUCACAUCUAGUCGGAAGUUUGGAAAGAAGAGACUUAAAUGGUAACGAAUUGGAAUGUACAAUAAAAUGUGUGGCAUACACGUGUUUAAUAAAUAACAUUGUUAAGAGAGACUAUUAUAGAAUUGGUCUAAGAUAUAAACCAUUUUUAUUUAUUUUUGGUAAGCCAUACAUACAACCAAGGUGAGAACCUGUAGGAUAAAAAUGGUUUACCCCUCAGACCUAUUCUAUCUACUCUUGGUCCCCACACCUACAAACUCGCUAAAUAUCUUGUAUCUGCAUUAAGUUCACUGACUAAUAACGAAUUUACUGUUAAAGAUUAUGUUUUCUUUGCUCAAGAGAUAUUUAAAUUUCCUAAUGCAGACCAAUUCAUUAGGGCCAACUUUGAUAUUCAGUCCUUGUUUACUAACAUCCUACUUGAGGAAACAAUUAAUGUAAUUAUUAAACAGUUAUUCCCUACCAGAAAUUUCUACACUCUAACUUUAAUCAAGAAAAAUUUCAACAAUUUUUUAAAUUGGCCCUCAAGAACAAUCACUUUGUGUUUAAUGGUCAUCUUUAUGACCAGAUGAAUGGGAUCACCUCUAGGUCCGACCUUUGCAUUUUUGUCUAUGUUAUUACAAACUUCAAUGGCUGGAUAAUUGUCCCCUUUAUUACAAACCAGUAUUAUAUAGAAGGUACAUUAAAGAUACUUUUCUACUCUUUUACAACGCUGAUCACACCAAGACAUGUUUAGAAUACCUAAACACACAACAUUCGUGUAUAAACUUUACAUGUGAGAUAGAAUAAAACAAUAACUUUUAUAGACAUCCAAGUAAACAAAAUAAACUAUCUCUUUACCACAUCUGUAAGAAAACAUUUACUGGUUUAAACACUCCUUUCGACAGUUUCAUACCAGGCUCUUUCAAACAGAACCUUGUUCUAAAUUUUCUAAACAGUUUGUAUAAUAUAUGUUCUGACUACUUCUGUCUUCAAACAUUCAUGACAUAUUACAAAGUAAUUGUUAUCCCCUUAAUUUCUUACACUUUAUCACACGAACAUUUUUAACAAAUAAAGUAGAACCUACCGAAAAGCCACACACUGUCUCAAAAUAUCCACUAGUUCUUAUCAUUCCUUUCAUUGGCAAACAAAGUUUUAAAUUCAAAUAUCAAAUUCAAAAAAUAAUCAAAAUAUAUAAUACCCACAAAUUAAGCUACAUUUAGUAUUUACGUCAACAUUUAGAAUUAAAAAUAUGUUUAAAACUAAAGACGUUCUACUCAUUCCUAUGCACUCAUGUUUGGUAUAUAAAGUGUGUGUGUGUAUAUAUAUAUAUAUACACACACACACACUUGAGAUAGCUGUAAAGCUAUCUAUAUUGGUAAAACUACAUGUCACCUACAAAUAUGUGCAUGCGAGCACAUGGGAAUUUCAGCAAGAAGUGGAUUUAAACUAAUUAAUCCACCUGAGUCUUGUAUGUGGUUGUACAGUGAGAAUAACAACCACCCCCCUACUACUAGAAAACUUUAAAAUUCUUGACUCCAGAACCACAGAUACAAAAACAGUUUAUUAAGAAAGUCUCUACAUUUUCAAUGAUUACCCAACACUAAAUAAUAAUAUCAACUCUUCCCUGUUGUCAUGAAUGUAAUCAAUUCCAAAUUAUGUGUUUUUAUUUCAUAUUUAUUAUUAUUUUAAAGAUACAGUGUUUAUUUUUAUAUUUAAGCCUUUCACUGUAAUAGUUUCUCUUAAUGUUAUUUAUUAAACAUGUAUGCCGUACAUUUUUAUCAUACAUUCUGUUAUAUUGUUACUGUUUAAAUCUGUUCUUUUUAAACUUCGGAUUGAAUACGAAAAAUCGCUCAAUGCUAAUGUUGUUUUUUGUAGUUCGAAGAUUAUGAACUAACUUUCUUUUUGUGAUACUAAUGCUGAUGAUGGAAUUUAAGGAAAUCUCGAAACUUUCAUAGUAAAGAUUUUUUGGUAUUAUCAUGUUUUUAAUAUCUAUUAUAGAACUUUGUUUUCCACCUGGUGAAUUAGUUAAGUACUACUUCUUUACAACUUAUUCAAGUAUGAAAGCACACAGUCUGGUUGACUAGAACAGUUUCCAUAUGAUAGGUUUAAAUAGUAUUUUAUCAAAUGUUAUCAUUUUAGCUUUAGGGAUGGUGUUAUGUAGUGUAGCCAUAUUUUAAAAAUCACUGAAACUUUAUGAAUCAAAGAAGCAAGAUGAUUUGCUUAUUCUUGGUUAUAAUGUGAGAGUGAGUGUUGCUGUGUUGGUACAAGAAGUGAAAUAGUAAGCUUUGAGUUGUGUGAUUUGACUGUUGUGUGUACAAGCAUACAGCUGAGAAACCAAAAUUUUCAUAUACAAUAGGCAUAACACAUACAGACAUGUACAAAUUAUACUGAAGUAUUAAAGCAAGUGCAGUAGACCUUUUCAGACAUUGUGACCUUAUUGUUUUCUUUUAAUUAGUGUCUGUCAUAUUGGAUAGCAAUGCAGUGAAAAAAACUUGAAAAUGUCUUUCCACUGUGUUUGGCUGAACCAAUAGACAAGGUUCAGCACUGGGAAUGUCUUUUUAAGAUUCCUAGCUGACUUAAAAAAGAAAUUCAAUAGGGGUUAUUACUUCAGUUAUGAGACAAAAUUGGCAACCUUCACAGUAUUUCCAUAUCUGCAGUGCAUAUUUUGUGAAAAGUAUCAAAAUAAAUCUGUUAAGUAAUAUUUGUAUAAAUUCAGACUUUUAUCAUUAAAUAUGUGUAUAAGUAUCAUCACUAUUUAUUAAUUAUUGAAGCUACUGAUAUUUGAUAAGGGCACUAUGGAGUAAUGUAUGUAAUUAUGGUGACACAGGUUUUGUUGUUAGAUUAGGCCACGGCCAGUCAGACACCACUGUGUCAUAAUCACAUCACAGUGAAAUAAAUACUAAUGCUUGAUACUGGUGACAACAUGUUUUAUGUGAUAAAGAAAAGUAAAAACUUAUAGCAGAUACAAAAACAUAAACUGUAAUCUUUUACUUUCAUCCUACUACAAAGAACUUAUACCUACCAAAGUUUUGAUAGCAUUUCAUACUUCAUGGGUUAAGCUGCUGGUGGAAUAACAAGAUACACAUAAAUAUCAAUAUCUGGGGACUAGUCAUUGUUUGAUUUUACAUCAACUCACCGGCAUGAAUAGUUGUCCAAGCCAGUUGUAGAAUUACAUAUGAAUUGAAAGCAAAAGAUUCAUCCUUAUAAAGUUCUCUCAAUUUUACUUUCAUAAAUCAUCGUGGCAUAAUUUUCAAGAAUUAGAGCGUAUUUACUCAGCUUUAUUGCAAAUAAAGACACUAAAUGUUGGAGGGCUUGACAUUGAAAAUGGCAGAUGCCAAUGUUGUGUUUCCCAUAAGUCUUGUGAUCUGGAAAGGUCUAUUGAGCCUGUGAAUUACAUUUAACAGAUGCGACUACUCUAUAAAUAGAACUAAAUAUACUCUUAAAUUGUAUUGUAUAAUAUGUAUUUCUUUUUAAUUAUUGAUCAUGCUAUCACAAAUGGAAUUUCUGUUUAAAUUUUUACAUUUAUGUAAUGCUGACUAGAGCAUAGUACACAUAUUUAUAAGUUAAUAAGUGACUGUGAACACCAGAGAAUCUUGUAACAUGGUUAAUUUUCUCAACAUUUCAGCUUUCUGCCCUCUUCAGGAGCAUGCAAUUUCUGUAGUGAAUUCUAUCAAUCUUAAUUUGAGUGAUAUAGUUUGUUACAGUAACAAAUUCUAUCAAUCUUAAUUUGAGUGAUAUAGUUUG